CAUAGCUGUCAUGGCGGUUUCCGAAAAGGCAAAGAGCUUUCUCUUUUUGUGGAUCCCUCCAUUUAUAUUUGCUUUGUUUGCAAAAUAAUCCAAUUGAGACCAAAAGACGAAGACGACGAACAACAAUCAAAAAAUGGUGGGACAAGGCAGACCUCGGUUCGUUCUAUUCGGAUCCUCCAUCGUUCAGCUAAGCUUCAGCAAUGGCGGUUGGGGCGCCAUUCUCGCCGACGUCUACGCACGCAAAGCAGACAUAAUCUUACGCGGUUACUACGGAUGGAACUCGCACCGGGCUGUCCAGGUCCUCGAUCAAGUCUUUCCGAAGGAUGCUACUGAGCAGCCUGCUUUGGUAAUAGUUUAUUUGGGUGGCAAUGAUUCUAUGGGACCUCACUCAUCAGGUCUCGGUCCCCAUGUGCCUCUCCCUGAAUAUGUGGAAAAUAUGAGAAAGAUUGCAGUUCAUCUGAAGAGCCUUUCAGAUUCUACACGCAUCAUUUUUCUUACUUGCCCACCUGUUGACGAGGAAAGAGUUCGUUUGACAAAUACAAGUGGAAUUUUCAGUGAGCUUGUACGUACAAAUGAGUUAUGCCAAAUGUAUUCAGAAGCUUGUGUAGAACUUUGUCAAGAGAUGGGUGUCAAGGUUGUUGAUCUUUUUACUGCGCUUCAGAAAAGAAGCGACUGGACGUCUGCUUGCUUUACGGAUGGGAUUCAUCUAUCUGCUGAAGGGAGUAAGAUAGUUGUGGGGGAGAUCCUGAAGGUGCUCAAAGAGGCCGACUGGAAACCAUCUCUACAUUGGAAAUCCAUGCCAACUGAAUUUUCAGAGGAUUCACCAUAUGAUCUUGUCGCGGCAGAUGGGAAAUCUACAUUGAAUCCUUCUGAAUGGACAUUCCAUAGAGCGAUCAAGUGGGACUAGAUUGGAGAAAUGGAGAGCGAUUCAGUGGGACUAAAUAGGAGAAAUUGCUUUGGACUUGUAGUGACUGCUUAAUUUUUGAGUCAGUGCCCAUAAAUAAUCUAUAUACUGCACUUUUGAGGACAAGAUACACAAUCUCAGUAAAGAAUUAUGGAAGCAGAAGUAAUUUUUCUUU